ACAUAUGCGUGAGCAAGUCGGAAACGUGACUUAAAACGAAUGUGAACAAGACGAUUAACGUGUCGGCAUAGCGGGGGCAAUGUCAAGGUGGCCUAUAAGACCUGGCGCAUCUCUGCCCGUUGAUCAUUUCUCGUCGAGAAACCUGAUCGUUUCACGUAGUGCGUCGAUAGGUAAUAUCAGUUGAUUGUAACGAAGAAAGGAAAGAAAAUAUUAGCAAGCUACCAAAGAUGAGGAACGCUCUACUAUUGUGUUGUGUGUCGCUGCUGAUUGGUGCCCAGGCUACUGGAAAAUACAGGGGCCUAGAAUUUUUAGAGCCCUGCUCAAGGAGCGAUUCGAAAUUGGAAGCCUGCCUUGCCAGAACGGCCAAUACUCUUGUCGAACGCUUCCGUUACGGCUUACCGCAACUGGGUUAUCCAGAAGUGGAGCCAAUUAUUCUCGACGAGUUGCAUAUCGCACUCGGAGGCGGCCCGAACGGUUACAGGGCGCAAUUCAAGAAUAUCACCGCGAGAGGAGUCUCUGCUCUGCGAAUAACUGGUCUUAGGACUAGAAUGACUGACGAUGAGGUGCAACUGCAACUGGCCUUCAGCAUUCCGAGAAUUAGAGCGGCCGCCAAAUACCGGUCUAGUGGAACUUUGAUCUUGGUGCAAGCAAGUGGAGCCGGAGAUUAUUGGGGUGAAUACGAUAGUGUCAAGGCUAAGCUCUUCAUCAGAGCAAGACCAUUUUUGUAUGAAGGCCGUCUUUACCUCAGAUUGCAGCAAUUAAAAAUGGACUUCAGCGUAGGAAAUAUCAGAAUGGGAGUCGAAAACGUGCGCGACACUAAUAGUAUACUGCUGGCGGCGCUCAACCUUUUCAUCAAUACCAACAGCCAGGAAUUAUUGAAGGAAAUGAAACCAGAUCUGAGGAGGAAGUUGGUACAGGUGAUGACGACUUUCGUGGAGAACCUUUUUGCUCAGGUGCCGUAUGACGCCUGGAUUAAAGAUUAAACAAUCGGAUGACAAUUGUCGAGAGCAAAACCCAAUCGUUUGCGUCAUUAGUGCACUUUUAAACUGCGACGCAAGACUUAGCGCAAGAAGAAAACAUUAUUAUCUUGCACAGUCACCUCUGAGUCACAAUGAAAAUCCCGAAUAACAAAAAUGUCUGAUUAUUUUCAAUCAGCAUUUACAAACAAGAAGAGCUUUCAUGAAAAGGUUUUCACGCAAUGAUCGAUUGUCUUUUCAUUCUCGCAUGUGAAUUGCCUGAAUGGCAAUGUGCAACUGCAGAGAUUAAAUAAUUAUGCUGCAUAUACAGGGUACUUCGUAACUCAAAAUUCGAGCGAAAAUUCUGUGAAAAUACUACAUUUUGUUAUUUCCCUUGUAAAUUAUUGUAUGAAGCAUGAUUGUGGAAAUAUUCGUAGAAAAAAUUUAAGAAAUUUGGAUCUUAAAAUUACAAAUCUCAAUAACAAAUAUAAUUAUAUACACACACGUAUACGUAUAAUUUAGAAUGAAUAUCAAUCAUAAAUAGCGUGUAAGAUGUUCAAGUUAUCGGGAUGUACUUUCAUUAGCGUCAUACGUGGAGAAUUUAAUUAAGAAUUAAAUAAUGACGACUUGCUACAAAAAUAUAUAUAAUUAUAAAAAGCAAGUUCUGUAAGUUCUGUACACAAUUAUAUGUAUAUAUAGAUGAGGAUAUAUAAUAUCCAUUCUCUUUUUCUAGUAUACAUUAAAUAAGAUAGUGUUGUUUAUUUAUGAAAAUAAUUGUUAAAUUAGCCCAUUGUUUUAUAUGCUCGAUUUUCGUGUAUAUCUUCGAUGCGCUUAAAUUUAGAAUAAAUUGUACGCGUCUAAUUUCAUUAAGUCUUUAUACUCCUCUAUUACACUGCCAAAUUAUAUUUUGUAACGUUGUAAAUAGAUAUCAAUCAAUACAUAAAUUAUGCAUUCGCAUGGAAAUGUUCACAGAAUUCACAUUUCUUUGUAGCGAAGUCUUUACAGUCCGCCGUAACUUGAGCUAGAAAUAAAUAUUAGACAAAUAAAAA